CCUAAUCCUAGUUUUUAAAAUGUGUUUUUUAAAAUUAGGAAUUAGUGAAUUUCGUUAAAUGUUUUUUGUACUAAUGUAGAUGGUUAGAUGUGGUAAACUACAAUAAUCAAUUUCCUACAGUUUAACUCUCCUUGUUCCUGGGAUAAACCUAUGUGAUCUCUGUCCCAAAGCUCCGUUCAACAGAUGGCUCCCCUGUGUUGCUGCCCUUCCUGCCUGAGUUCAGGCUUCCUUUGGCAUCUCCUGGCCCCAUAGGGACCAGGCAAGCUCAUUGUGUUCUUUCAGCAACCCUUGGGGAUAGGAAAAAUGAUCACUUCCAUUUGACAGUUGGAGAAAGGGGUGCCCAGAGAGGCUAGGGACCACCGGUGACAGCGGGUGAAUGGGCGGCCCUGUCUGCCCUCCUCACCUCCUGACCACAUCUCCCCUCUGCCACCCACUCCACAGUGUGAGGAAUUAAAGGCAACUGUGCAGAAACACAUGCAGAGCCUGAGGCCCAGCAAGGAGGAUCUGAAUGGGCUUAAUCAGGCCAUCCAGCAGCUGACUGUGGAGGUGGGCAGUGCUGAGAGUCAGCCCUGUGAACUAGAGAAAGCCAAGGACCCGCCAGCUCCGCAGGAGGAGGGUGGCUCUGGCAGCACCAUCAGCAAGCUGGCCUGGCUGGAGGCUGCCCUGCAGCGGGCUAAGCAGGAUGUGGCGUGGCAGCUGUGUGAGUACCAGGAGCUGAUGAUCAUCAAGCGGGGUCUGGACUUUGAGAUCGCCGCCUACCACAGGCUGCUGGAGGGCUUGGUCUGGGAUUUGGGGCAGGGAAUGUCAAUAAGUAAACAGUAAGCUGGCGUCGGAUCUUAUCUUAAUAUCUUAUUUUCCUUAUUCUCUCCUUCCCCGUCCACACCUUGGCGUGCCUCCUCUUGAGGAGGCAGAAGCGAUGUGUUUCUGUUCCUGUGUCUGUCAGCUCCCUCUGUGCCUCUCCUUUGGUCAGGGGCUAUAUCUUCUCUUGGAGGUGACUGUAUGUGUGGGGAAGGGAGUCCUGUGGUCUGCUCUUUGGGGAGGGAUCUGUGUACCUGUUCCUUUGGGGGAGUUUGUACAUUCGUCUCCUGGUGGGGAGGAGGGUCUGUGUCCGCUGGAGGAAAAGUCAGCAUGUCUGUCUUCUGCGGUUAGGGGCCGGGGGUGCGGGAGAGCUUUCCUGGUUCGCCUUCCGCUC